AUGAAUCUGGUCGCGCCAUUGAAAUCACGGAAUCUGGAUCGGAAACCAAUGGCGUUGGAAGCAUGGUUGAUCAACUUAUGCUGGAUUUUAGACUUGAGGAACAAUAUUUGUCUUACAGAGGAUGAGUUAUUGAAGAAGGAAUUGCUUUGUAUCCUGGCCCCGGAACCACGAAAACGCAGUGACUUAUCCAGUCUGAUUCCGGAACGUUGCGGAAUCACCAGUUCCCCGAGCAGUCUUGACGACUUGCUCAAAACGGUUGCCACGUAUUCCGCUCCGACUUGUGACGAAGCCUCGGGCAGUCUAAUCAGCGGUCACUAUUAUUUGCGUCCAAGUUUAUGGCACACAGAUUUCGACCCCAUAUUCCAUUCGUUGCGUGUGACAAGUCGUCGAGAUUCCGCAGUUGCACUGGAAAAAUAUCGCGACCAUUGCCGCCAACGACAUGGUGUAGCAAAUCCGUCCACCUUGUGGCCUCCAUAUCGCACACCGAAAUCAUUGCCGCCCAAUUUCAUGGGUCUGGACCACGUUCUGCAUAGCCGGCAUUUACACUACCUAAUUUUCAUUCAACUCAGUAUGUUUGUCUACGGCGAUCCGAUGAUUACAGAGGACAGUUUGAGCAUGGUAAUUCAUCUUUUGGAUCGUGCGUUGGAUACUCCUUGUCGACAAGAUGCUAGGGGUAGAAAAUGCUGUGUUCAUGCAUACAAUAAUCAUCCAACCAUGCCCGAACCGAUGCAAGUUGACGGUGAGGAUGGGUGUCCGAAAAAGGGCCAAAAACACGGGGCUGUGCUCGGUGCGGAUGAUGAACUGACCGAGUGUACCGGACCACGUCACUCGUAUGAUGCUUCGUCCUAUUCGGAUGCUCUAGUUAUGGACAAUGAUGCCUCCGAUUGGGAACGGGAUGAUUUGGAUGAGGAAGAGGAAGACAGUCAUGGAUCUCUCGCUUUCUUCCUGAACGAAAUGACUUGGCAGGCUUCAAAACCGGACGAAUCUGCAACUGGCCCCGGCCAAUCCUCGGAGGAUCCAGCCCGUAAACGGAGUAAACAGCUUUCCGGGCAAGUGCGCUACUCUCCACAAACUAUGCGGCCGCCUCAAUGGAAUUCAAGCCUGCGCAAUUGUCCAUAUCAGCCAAGAACCGGGUUGCAUGACAAUUUGGGAUGUUGGUUAAUCGUACGCCCUACACCAAAUCCUCAUGUCGCACUAGCCCCAACCAUGUUAGCCACACAAACCCAACCAGUCACGACCAGUCACGAUCCGGUUAUUAGCGUUGUACCGUCACUCACAGCACCGGACGCCGAUGGAGAGAAGUCCAGUGUGCUUGUGGACAGCAUUCUCUCCCUGCUCGUGAAAGCUCAUGCUCGUCUGCAUUGGAGUCGUGUAUCCGGAUCAGCGGAUGCCAUUCCGAAAGUGGCCGUCGGAGAUCGUUUUGUCGAUCCGAACGUGGUGGCAUCCCAAGUGAGCAGUGCAAGCGGAGCCACGCGCAACAUGGACGAGGUGAACGAUCCCGAACAGAUACAAGUGAACAAUACAAACCUGUUAACCACACGCAUCGCUCCCCGAUGCAUGGCCGUGCUCGGUGUGGGAACCAACGGCACUUGUACCACAUCUUCCGUUCGGAAUGCGUCAAACAAUACGGUUAGCGGUGCGGAUACUACUAUGAACGCCGGGCCAGCUAGUCAAUCAGUUGCAGCCUCUGUCUCGGGCAUGCUGAGUCCGGAGGCUGUGGCCAAAUUACCACCGGAGCUACGCUAUUUCGCAGCGGGGCCUCCGGCCUAUUUGUUGGCCGAUGAACGGACUCCGGGUGACGUGGGCCCGUUGAAGAAACAUGUUUCUUUAGGUUCGNCCGUUUUUGAUUGUCCUCUUUUUAUCGGAUUUCCUGCGUUAUGUUCGUCUGGGGAAACCAGUCAUUGUCCAGAAUUUCACGAUCUUAAUUCCUGCGAUCCCGAUGGUAAGCAAUCUCAUUCUUGUCCUCACAAUGUCGAUUUUGGGGACGGAGCAUUCUGGAUUGAGCGUUUACUCGACAAAAUCGCCAGCCGAUCUCAUGGCAAUGAAACAGCUUUGAGACUGUAUCUCACUCGAGCCAGACAACCAUUUGCUUCGACUGUGCGUAUUUUGCGUUUGCAACCGAUGGAUACUGUUUCAUCUAUGCAAGAUACAAAGGAUCCUUUGAGUACGGAUCAGCCGGCGGUACCAACACCGCCUCAAUCGUUGUUGGCCGGUGUGUCUAGUGAGAUUUCUGUUGGACCAUCUGCUGCGCUAGUAGACAAUGGCGCGGCAUCAAUUCCAAACGCGAUUUCUUUAUCCACUCCAACCCCCGGGGCCGCGGCAGCGACACGGGAGGAACGAAAACGUGCGGCGAUUGAACGUCGAAAGCGUCUCAUGGAACAAAUGGCAUCGAAACAGAAGGCGUUUGCUUCUACGCAUUUGAAAGACAUGGAAUUACUGAAUCAAUCUAGUGAUGUUCAGCCAGACCUCGUGGAGAGCACGGAAACCACCUACGAAUGCGUCAUAUGUCAGACCUGUGGAAAACCGUCCACGGAAGACAUGGUCUUAUUGGAUAUGAUGUGUGAAUCAGGAAUAAUGCUUCAUGUCCGGGAGACACCCAUGCUACCUGAACUAUUUGGUAGACAGCUGACGCAUGCGUACGGUAUGGCUGCCGAGAUGCCUCUGGACCGUGAUCCUUUCUCACUUGUUGCCCAACGCCCUCCGGUUCUCGAACACGACCGAGACGCGAAUCCGUUGUCAAUCCCUUCCGAAACCGGGAAUUCCGUGAUUCCCGCCAGUAGCAGUAGCUUAGCUCCGACCGGAACAGUUGGUGUUUCGGUGCUCAGUACCGGUGUCGAACCUGCCACUNCCUGCCACUCCUUUCCACAAGAUGUCGCUAGUCGUGGUCUUGUAUCCAGUCGAUCUCCAACCAGUGGAUCUAGCAGUGUGAUUCCCGGAGCCGCAGCGGCCAAUGCUCAUGCACCACCAUACUACUUGGAAUCUCGUCGAUGGUGGAGUUUGGCUUUACCCGCUACUCUUGGCAAACAUUUACCCCUGCUACGGUCCGGAUUGUUAUUACAAACUUGUGGUCAUGUAGUCCACCGUGAGUGUUUUCAGCGUUACCGAGCUCAGGCUGCAAAUCGCUCCGGUCCCAUUCGGAAUCGUAACUGGUUCCCGUGUCCACUUUGUCGGCGAGAUGUCCAUCAUCUCCUGCCCCUGAUACCCACAUGUACGGCAGAAAAAGAGCGGCUUAUGGCCAUGGGUCAUUCGCGCUCUGCACAAGAACAUAUCAACACGUUGAAAAAUGUCCUGGCUUCAUUGAAUCCAACCGGAAAGAGCGUAUGGGAAGACUUGAACGGUGCGGAGGAUGAAUCCACCAUCGAACAUCGCAAUCUUAUGUCCGCUCUAAUUGGCGACCGUUUCGAAGCGACCGUAUUGUUGAGGUCUCAGCUGGAAUGCGAGCUAUCAGUACUGAUGAGCUGUCCUUCUCAAUACCAGAUUGUCUCACGUCGCUGUUCCUGGCGGGAAUUUCUAUGUUAUCUGCGCCGUCUGUAUAAAUACGCGAGCGAUUUGCAAAACUUGGUACAUUGUCUAUCGGAUGAACGAGCCCCGUUCAACCCGGAAGAUUCGGGCUCUAGCGAACCUGUUCUCGCCCUGUGCCAAGACCCCGGAGACGUUCUUCUCAGUUUGGUACCGCAUGUGUGGCCACGUGAGGGUAAGCAUGUGUUAUCCGUUCCGUUAGACGUUUUACCAUCUCUUGAUUGUGGAACACAUGCAUUAAAUUUAUUCCUAACCCUUGUGUCGGCAACCUUCUGUUUGGCCUACGUUCGCGCUUUGCUUAGCGCUAUUCUAAAUGGUCCCAACUACACUGUGGUUCAAGGUGGUUCCAAUUCGCCGAGCCGAAUUGCCACAGCUCUUGUUCCCAAAUUGUCCGGGCCGCUAGCCGGUCACAUUCAGCAUCUGAUACCAUAUAUCCAGGCCCUCGAGCCUUCCCUAACCGGGGACACUAUUUCAGACACAUAUGACACAUCUCCAGAAUCCGAACAACAACGAUCAUAUCGAUUGUUACGGGAUGCCGCCCGCUUACCCGAGGUUCAGCUGACUACGGACAACACAACCAGCGCUCGAUCGCACACUUUUGGAUACGAUCAGUCUUUGUUGGAAAUGCACAUUGUCUUGCGUGUGCUUCCGCUUCUUCGUCUGGCCGGUCUAUGUCGUGCACGUUGGCAGGCCAAUCGAGAUCAGAAUCAAACCUCCCCUGUGCCGGGGUCGAGUACCACCACGACCUCCGGUGGAGGAUUGACACCAAUGGGACUACCGUUUGUUGGACAUCUGGUCGCAAACGCAACGGUCGUGAACGAUCGACCUGCGCAAUCUCCCACGUCAUUUAACUAUGCGAAUGCAGACAGUGCUCGUGUUGUCUAUCCGAGCAUCACGGAUGAGCAACGAUUGUUGGAGUUCAGUGAUCUGUGUCGUAUAUUAUCUCUUGACUGUGGCGAUACCACGCUGACUAAUGUGUCUCAAGUCGCCCAGCUCGCGGCCACACGCAGCGGGCUUUGUUCAGCCACGAAUCUUUCUUCCGAUUCCAUGGAUGGCAUUCAAUUACUCAGCAGUCGAUGGCUCAAACAACUGCAACCGGAUGAUGUGGCUGACAACCAGAAUAAGCAGAUUGUUCCCCGGUCAUCUGGAAAAACUAACGAUAACCGAACCAUCGAUCCGAUGUGGAUUGACCGACUUCCAGCUGUGAUCGAAAUCGGUCGGCAACUUUAUCCGCCCCGGUUGAUACGUACCCCGUAUUCUUUUGAUGUGUUGUUCAACGCACUGCAUGUGGUCGGUUGUGAUGCGGUUCAGCAUCGAUUCCAAGAGAACGCGCUCUGUUUGAUUUGCGGACGUUUGUUAUGCACGAUCUGCACCAAAUUGUCCACAGCUAUGAUCGAGCAUGCAUUCACUUGUGAGGGCUUUGCCGGAGUCAUGCUCGAAGUUAACAGCUCAAUUGUAUACGUGUCCUUGGGGCCGAACGUUUGCGACUGGGGCUCGGUCUAUCUGGACGCCUAUGGUGAAGAGGAUUUGGAAUUGAGACGCGGAAAACCUUUGUUUUUAAACACCGAACGGUUCGCGUUGUUGGAAAAUCAAUGGCUAUCUCACUCGUUCCGACAUGUACUGAAACACUGGCGCCUCGUUUCAUUGUGA